GCAUCAACCAAAAAUCGACACGGAAUGUGUUUAUCUUCCACGCAGUCACUGUCUAGAACAAAAUAUAUUACUGUAGUGCUAGACAACUUUAAAAUAAAUUUGCAGUCGAGUUGUUUUUUUUUUUUCCCUAUUUUUUUUAUUUCUGCAGUAGGUGCCCUUUGACCCCGUUGUUAUGUCGGGCCGCAUUCCUUAGUGAUCUUGUAGGCGCGGGGAGGCCCGAAUGUUUAUUCUCGUCCAGUGGCAUAGAUCUGUGUCUGGGUGCCUAUAGUUUAUACCUUCAGCGGUCGCCGUUCUGACCUAUUUGACCGCGCCUGUGUUUGUCUUGUGAGCUGUUGGUAAUCGCGUAGCAGAAGGGAGGAAAGAUGAAGGAUAAACAGAAGAGGAAGAAGGAGGAUCGCACGUGGGCUGAAGCUGCUCGUAUGGUUUUGGAAAAAUACUCAGAUGCACCAAUGACUCCCAGACAAAUUUUAAGUGUCAUCGAGACAGAAGAAAUAAAAGAAACGAGGUUCCUAGGGGUGGAGAAAGGCACAACACAGUCCACGUACUCAACCAGAAGUGGAUCAUCUCCCUUGGCAUGCCUAAAUGCAGUACUGCAUUCAAAUUCACGACCUGAUGAUGGGAUCUUUUACAAGCUUCCUGGACGAAUUAAUCUUUUUACCUUGAAGCUUCACUUGAUGAAACUUCUUCCAAUGCCUCAUGUAGCACGGAAUCUCAGAGCAAACCACUUUCCCCAUCUAAGCAGAACAGCCAUAGGGCCAUUCAGCAGGUAGCAAAACAAAAGAAGAAGGGAGGAAUGCUGAUGCCUCGAGUUGUACUGACACCACUAAAAGUAAAUGGAGAGCACAUGGAGUCUGCUGCAGGUUUUAUGGGUAGAAGUACAGAUGGGGAAACAAGCAGUACUUCAAGCAGCUGUUCGGUAACCGCAUCAGGCAGUACUUUAUGGAGAAAAGUGGAACUAGCCAGCAGUCCAUCACAGCACUUGCAGAACAUAAAAAAGUCAACUACAGGACAGAUGAAACGCAACAGAGGUGAAGAGAUUGACUUUGAAACUCCUGGUUCCAUUCUUGUAAAUACAAACAUACGGGCCUUGAUAAACAACAGGAACUUUGCCAUCCUUCCCACAACUUUUCAGCAGCGACUGCUUCUGUUGUUACCAGAAGUUGAUAGACAGACCGGACCUGAUGGGUUGCCAAGACUCAGCAGCAGUGCACUGAACAAUGAGUUUUUCACUCAUGCUGCUCAGAGUUGGAAAGAAAGACUCGCUGAUGGUGAGUUCACUCAUGAGAUGCAGGUGCGACUUCGUCAGGAAAUGGAGAAAGAAAAGAAGACUGAACAUUGGAAGGAAAAAUUCUUUGAGGAUUAUUAUGGGCAGAUUUCCGGUUUGUCCAAAGAGGAGUCGGAGCAACAGACCAGUGUGCAAGAUGACGUGCAGAAUAAAACUGCCCCUUCAGUUUCCGAAGUACCAGCCAAGCCACAACGUAGCACCUACUUAAGACACAAGGAUGGACGCUUUAAGAAACGCUCACGUGCUGACCUGCGAUGCAGGGCUAGAAAAACACUGUACAGAGAACGAAAAGCUGAAGCAGCUGCAACAGCUAUGUUUACUGCUACUGAUUCUGCAGAAAAUAAAGUGGUUGACUGUAAAGAAAAUAAUGAAGGGAAGUCUGUUGUCAAUCUCUCUGCAGAUGGGGAAUCAGGUGCAUCUAAAGAUUUGAAUUUGCAGGAGAUUCCAUUACUUGGCAAAUCAGUGAGUUCUCCAUCAUCCUCUGGUUGUCUGGAACAUAUUCCUAAGGUACCUCACAGUGUUUCUGAUGUGGAAGACAGCGAUACAGAGUCCAAGGACCAGAAAAGGAAAUCCCUUGAGAGUAUGGCCUCCACCUCUUUUCCUGAGAAGAAACCCCGGCUUGAUGAUUGUCGGUCCUUUCGUAACACAAUUGGAUAUGUUUCUACAGAAAAGCCAGAGCCUACCAAAGAGGAGCCUAAAGUGCCGCCAAUCAGGAUACAACUUUCAAGGAUCAAACCUCCAUGGGAAGGCAAUGCCCAGCCAACCUAUCGGAUUUGUCCCAGAAUUAUCCCCAACACAGACACUGACAGUUUGCCCACAAAUGGGGCCAGAACCCUUGCAGACAUCAAGGCUCGAGCACUCCAAGUCCGGGCACGAAGAGGAGCCACAGGGGCUGCAGCCUCAAUUGGAGGAGGGGGUGGACCAGGAGGGGGAGGAGGAAGUCCAGGUGAUGGAGGAGGAGGCAGGAAUGGAUCACCUAGUAAUAAUUCCAGUCACGGAGGAACAAAACGAACUUUUGCAGAAACUGACUCAAAUCAGCAUCGAACACAGCUACUGCAAACCUGUAGAGAUGAAUCUGAAUCAGUUGUAGGCACUUGUGAGUCAGCAUUUGAAAACAAAAACACUUGUAAUGGUAUGAACAGUGUAACAGAACAUCUCUCAGUUAUCCAGUUAGCUGAUGCUACAGCAGUUAAAAGGAGUCUUGAUGGGCAUUCUGGUAACAGUUGUGAACAGCAUUUUGUAUCUACUGCAUGCACUAGUACUGAAGGAAAUGGAGAGCCUGAUGGUGUGAAACCUUGCGUUUCCAUUACUGGAUGGUCCACAGUGCAGUACAAAUACAAGACCUCUGUAGCUGCAAAAGGAGAGAAAAGUGAUGAGCAGCCAUCGGACACAGAGAAAGAAACUUUCCGAUUUGGACAUAAUUUUAAGGUUAAAUCUGGAUGCAGUGAACAUUUAAACAGAACUGAAAUGUUAGACAGCGCUAUAGAUGUAUAUGGAAAACAUGAAAAGAAUGCAUUUAACAGCAGUCUGCUUCAGACCAGUAAUGCUGUUGCUUCAUUUCCUGAUUCUGCUUUGACUAAAUCAUUAGACAAUGUUAAAGACAGUGCAUCUGUUGUGGGUAGUGUUCCUACAGCAUGUUGUGGGUCUGAAGGCACAGUCUGUAAUUCUAAGACCAUUAAUGUGAACAUGGAUGUCAGAGUUGUGCAGCUAGUAGGUUCCAUAUUCUCAAAACAGCCAUGUGGCAUUUACUGUGUUAAUCAGAAAGAGCAAACUGUUGCUGGUAACCAGUUUUCUGUACAAGAAUCUCUUCAGCAUGGUCGACUUGUUCCUGAAGGUCAGUCUGUCGACUUAGAAAGCAUGCAGAUGCAGUUAGAGUGCUGCAUAGAGACAAAAGCAGACAAUGUGCGUGACAAGAAUUUAGAAACUUGCAGGAAUGAAGAGCGUGAUUAUUCUGAAAUCCUUCAUGAGCAGUAUGGCUCCAAAAGUACAGCAUCUAACCCAGGAAAUGGUUCUGCUGAUAGCACUGAACCUGAGGAUGAGAGAAACUGCAGACCGCUUGAUAGUACUAACAUAAUGUGCUCCGUCAGCGAUCUUAAUGCAUAUUCCUCUGUAUCAUUUGGAAACAACACUGAAGGGCAGUCAGAGUCUGAUCUUGUGCAUAGUGCUGAAGGCCUGUAUUCCAAAAAUCAGUCUUCAAGUCCUUUAGUCAUUCAGAAUUCUAAAGAGAAAUGUAAUGUUGAGAGCUCAAAAGCGACUUCAUCUGUAGAAGCGAGUAACCCACUGGUAACACAGUUGCUUCAAGGAAGUCUUCCUUUGGAAAAGGUUCUUUCAGAAAGUAGUCCUCAUUCAGAGUCAGGUAUCUCAAGACUUCCCUUGCCAGAUGUAUCAUCUUUGGAUAAGUCUGGGAAGACUGACUGUUCUUCAGGAAAUCAACUGCCUGAGUACUGUGGUACAAAACCAACUGACAGUCUAAUUGAAGGCCAGCCUAAAUAUUUAAAAGGAGGUCCUGAGGCUGCUACACUGGCCAGUAGUAGACAUGGUGAUAACAUGAGCCAUUCUUCAAUGCAUGCUCAUCCUGUGGGUGUGCAAGAAAUGCUAACAGAGUCUGGUUGUGCUGGGAUUAAGGCAAAACACCUGCCUCUUAGCAGUUUUGGAAACAGUACUUUAGCAAAGAAACUUAGAAUCCACGAUGUGUUUCAGAAUAUUGUGAUGAGAAAACAUGAAAAACCAAGACAGUUUUCAGCAGGUGAUCUUGCAGCGUCAGAUACAAGUGUUUUUGGUCAGAUCCCAUACUGUGGAGCAGUAGCAGACAAACCCCAGCCGACAUUUAACCCAAUUACCUGUGGUCACUCUCUAAAUGCAGAAGUACCUCAACAUGGAGGAGAUCUGCCAGUAGGUGCAGAGUUACAGCACAAAGGACCUACUCACUCUUCUCUCAGGAGACAACUUUCACCAAAUAAAGCCUGUAGUCCAAGGGAGACUGUGUUACCUGCCAAAGCAGACUGGCCUUCAAAACGAUUUUCUAAUUACAUAGGAGUCAAAAAUGAAAAUAUUCCUACAUUUAGGGGUUCAUCCAAGAGUCAUAUCACAUGCAGGAAAGCUGUUUGUGAUGCAGGGGAAUUCAAAGAUCAGUGCCAUGAGGCUCUCAUAAUGGAGGUAACACUUCCUAAAUUACUGAGAGAGCAAGGCAAGGCACUUCAGCACCCCUUAGUACCUUCCUCUAUUCCUUCUCAACUUAACAUUCAGCAACAGAUCAAUGGGAAGCUGUCAAAGUUGCCGUUCAGUGCUCCUAAUUUAAAUCUUACAACUAAUAGUUUGUCAGGUUUUUCCAAGAAUAUUGCUGGAAACACAAUUCAGUUAAAUCACAAAACUGUUUUUGCUGGGAGCCAUUGCACAUCCAGUCCUGCACAGACAUUUGCUGAAAAUAGUGCAGAGGAGGAGGUGGCACUCCGAUGUUCCUGUAGCCUUAAAGCAAUGAUUAUGUGUAAAGGCUGCGGGGCAUUCUGCCAUGAUGAGUGUAUAGGUCCAUCAAAGCUUUGUGUAUUGUGCCUUGUGGUAAGAUAGUAAAAUAAACUGAAACUGCAUAGUUGGUCAGUUUGUUUAAAUAUUAAAGCAUAGUAUUCUUGUAAUGUGUUUCUGAUAUACAUGUAAAUAGCAUCACAGGCUUGAAGUGGUAAUCCAGAUGCAGAACAGAACGUCUUUAAAUUGAAAAUGUAUGGUGUCAUGUCCCCCUUAAUUUGUAACUCUUGUAUAUUUGUAGAUCAUCUCUGAAGACAGCGGCUUCCCCAGACUCUUGUUAAUUUCCUUGUGCUAUUUUUAAGUUUGUGUUUAUGUAAACAUUUAAUAUAUUUUGUUUAUUUUUUAUAGGUGUAUGUAUGCACUCUCAUAUGAAGAAGUGUUUUGCAGUUAGUCUUACAUAUGUAACAGACAAGUAUAAAUGCAUUUUUUUCUGA